UAGCCACUUUCAUUUCCCCCCCCAAAUGUAUCUUCCUGCUGGAAUAGUAAAUUCACUAAUCAUAGCAAUGACAUUUACAUUGAAACCUAUGCCCAGACAAAAAUAUGUUAUUAUAAUGAAAGGGGGUGGAUGUGCUACAACUGCGCUAACUGAGUACAUUGGUUUACUGUAGUUUAUAUGGUCUUCCGCCGGGCCGGUUCGCUGCGCAGGUUUACAACGCGCGCCAUUUUGUGACAUUUACAAAAAAAGCUUUCUUCAACAAAACAGGGUCUUCAAGUUUUUAGCCGUAUUUUUUUUUUUUAAACAUGCUUUGGAAGCAAUGCUACUCUCGCUGAAAUGGAAGUAUCGACCAGCUAAUGGUGUACAUGCCUACAUCGAAAUGUUGGUUUCUCUAUGGUCAGAUCGAAUACAGUAAGUUUCUGCUGUUGACGGUGGUGGCGAGUUGACGGAGAGGCGCUGUUGAUUUGGAAACAGAAUUGACAUCUACUCAGAGGAGUGAGGGUUGUACGUUGGGAAAUCUGGGGGCUCCAUGGAGAAGAGACUGGAUUCAGUAAUUCGCCGUAAGGCAUUGGGGAUUGUAAAUGAGGAUAUUUUUCUGGAAUAGGAAGACUGACAGGCAGCGACAAAGUGGGCUGUGGUUUGCUGCUGGACUCUCCUGCCAGGAUGAUAUGAGAGUUACCAGGAGACGAUGCAUACAGGAGGAGAGACUUCAGCAUGCAAACCUUCAUCUGUCCGGCUUGCCCCCUCGUUUUCGUUCCACGCUGCUGGGCUUCAGAUGGCUGCUCCCAUGCCCCAUUCGCACCAGCAGUACAGUGAGCGGCACCAGCAGACCACUGACCCGUCUGUGCCGGCUCUGCCCUACAGCGAGCAGGCGCAGCAGUCUAUCGCCAGCCAGGUGACCCCUGAUGUUGUCAUGUUACAGAGGCGCAUGCCCCAGUGCUUUCGCGACCCGUCCUCGGCUCCCCUGAGGAAGCUCUCUAUUGACCUGAUCAAAACCUACAAAUGUAUCAAUGAGGUAUACUAUGCAAAAAAGAAGCGGAGACACCAACAGGGCCAGGGCGACGACUCCAGUCACAAAAAGGAGAGGAAGGUCUUCAACGAUGGCUACGAUGACGACAACUACGACUACAUCGUCAAGAAUGGGGAGAAAUGGAUGGACCGCUACGAGAUCGACUCCUUGAUAGGCAAAGGCUCAUUUGGACAGGUUGUAAAAGCGUAUGACCGUGUUGAGCAGGAGUGGGUGGCAAUUAAGAUCAUCAAGAACAAGAAGGCUUUUCUAAAUCAAGCCCAGAUUGAAGUGCGGCUCCUCGAGCUCAUGAACAAACAUGACACGGAGAUGAAGUACUACAUAGUUCACCUUAAGCGCCACUUCAUGUUUCGGAGCCACCUGUGCUUGGUGUUUGAGAUGCUCUCCUACAACCUGUACGACCUGCUGCGGAACACCAACUUCCGCGGCGUCUCGCUCAACCUCACACGCAAGUUUGCCCAGCAGAUGUGCACGGCUCUAUUGUUCCUGGCCACACCCGAGCUCAGCAUCAUCCACUGUGACCUGAAGCCGGAGAACAUCCUAUUGUGCAACCCCAAGAGGAGCGCCAUCAAGAUCGUGGACUUUGGCAGCUCCUGCCAGCUGGGACAGAGGAUCUACCAGUACAUCCAGAGUCGGUUCUACCGCUCCCCGGAGGUGUUGCUGGGCAUGCCUUACGACCUGGCCAUCGACAUGUGGUCCCUGGGCUGCAUCCUGGUGGAGAUGCACACCGGAGAGCCCCUCUUUAGUGGGGCCAACGAGAUUGAUCAAAUGAACAAAAUAGUGGAAGUGCUGGGCGUCCCUCCCAAUUACAUAUUGGACCAGGCGCCCAAGGCCAGGAAGUUCUUUGAGAAGAUGUCUGACAGUACGUGGGGUGCAAAGAAGACCAAAGAUGGCAAAAGGUAUAAGCCGCCGGGCACUCGGAAGCUGCACAGCAUCCUGGGUGUUGAGGCGGGGGGUCCUGGGGGGCGGCGGGCAGGCGAGUCUGGCCACACUGUAGCUGACUACUUGAAGUUCAAGGACCUGAUCCUUCGGAUGCUGGACUACGACCCCAAGAGCCGCAUCCAGCCCUACUAUGCCCUGCAGCACAGCUUCUUCAAGAAGACAGCAGAUGAGGGGACCAACACGAGCAGCAGUGUGUCCACCAGCCCAGCGCUGGAGCAGUCCCAGUCCUCGGGAACCACCUCCAGCACCUCCUCCAGCUCAGGAGGAUCGUCUGGCACAAGCACCAGUGGGCGGGCGCGCUCGGACCCCACGCAUCAGCACCGGCACAGUGGAGGUCACUUCAGCGCCUCUGUGCAGGUCAUGGACUGCGAAAAUCUCUGCCCACAGGCGAGGCAGCCAUUCCCUCCCCCCGUGGGCUGGGCUGGUGGCGAAGGGGUGCAGACAGUGACGGUGGAGACCCACCCCGUCCAGGAGACCACCUUCCACGUGCCUCCCCAGGCGCCCAAAGCCAUCCACCCUUUGGCCCCCGGCAACAGCUCCUCCACCCACCACCACCAUCACCACGGACACCAUCACCACGGACACCAUCACCCUCAUGGACAGCAGGGCCUGCCAGCACGGCCCCGGCCCCGCCUCUAUCGCUCCCCCACCAACAGCGCCUCCACGGAGAACUCCAUGGAGGUGGUGCACGGCCACCUGUCCAUGACCUCCCUGUCUUCCUCCGCCUCCUCCUCCUCCACAUCUUCCUCCUCCACCGGGGCCCAGGGCAACCAGGCCUACCAGUUGCGCCCGCUCCCCGCCAACGCAGCCUUGGACUUUGGCAGGAAUGGGAGCAUGACCAUGGGACUGGGUGCCUUCUCCAACCCCAGACAAGAGACUGGAAUGGCGGCCCACCCCACCUACCCCAUGGGCAUGAGACAGGGCAUAGACAGGGAGGAGUCACCCAUGGCAGGAGUCUGUGUACAGCAGAGUUCUGUCGCCAGUUCAUGACUAAACUGAGAAUGUUUUUUUUUCUAUUUGUAUUUUUUAAGGUGGUGUUUUUUUCAACAAAAAAGUGCAUAGAGAUCAAAAAGCUGCUUAAAAUUAGAGGGGAUAUUAUCACUGACCCGCUACCACAGUGCAGAGCCCACCAUCUCUCCAACUACUCUUCCCAAUGCCACCCUUGGGUUUCUCUAUUCACUUUGGUUUUCAAAUGGGAUUUUUUCGAUCUAGCAUUUUCAGUGUUCACAGGGAAUUACAGAUUUUUACUACAAACUGUCUCGCAUAGCAUACUUCACAACAGUACUGAAACAUCCAAUCAUUUCACAUUCACCUCUCACUUGAUUGCAUGGUUUGCAUUAUUCCUUGUUAUUGUCAGCUGAGAGCUUAGAAGUAUGUGGUUAGAAAAUGACGUAGACCUUCUUUUGCCAACGGCUAUUUAGUAAAGAAAUUGCUACAGCACCAUAACACUUCCAGCAACUCCUAUCCACACAUUAGCCUUUUUCCCCCUGUCUUCGGCAAGAAUAAUUUUCUCUUUUGUACUUUUUGUUCUCAUUUGAAUUUCUCUGUUCUGUUGUGCAAUUCCACCUGUGAGUUGUGAGACCUGUAGAGUUGCAGAGGAAUGAAGCAUUAUGCAGGGAGGGUGCAUCUCGCUGGGUUUGUCUGUGUCACUCUUUCUCUGUUUGAGAGUGGUGCCAAUGCGAGCUGUGGGCCGGCCGGCGCUCUCUAGCCGGGGUCAGCACGUGUGCAGGUGGGCCGCAGAGAGCUGGGUAGCCCCAGAGCAGUAAAGGGGGGCCCUGACCAGGUCCCUGGAACAGGGCCACACUGAAGAGAUCUGCUGAGGAGCAGCAGCCAGGGCCGGUUCUUCCCAAACCUAAAGUACAGAUGUCCGGGCAGUAGCAGUUUUUUUAGAUAACCCUUUGGCCUUAUGAUUUUUUAAACUCUGA